CCAAACUUUAGCUAGUAGCUAUACAUGUAGCAUAACAGCUAGGCUAUCAGUAUUAAAAACAAAAGCUGUCGGGAGCCCGUUAUUUUAUUUCUCACCGAUUUCGACCCUAUUAUGGAACUGUAGGCAGAAUUUAUAAACAAAGUGUUUAGGAAUGGUCUGACUGCAGCAGUACCAGUAAAGAUGCACAGCCGUCUGCAGGAGUUGAAGAAGGAAGAGGAGACUCUCCUCAAAAUAAAAGUCAUGCUACAAGACCAGCUGAACAGGCUGAAGUUUGAAGAAGGGGCCUUGAAAUCCAUCAUUAGUGCUCAAACAGAAGAAGGAGCCUCCCAACGCUCUACCCCAGAAAAUGAGGUUCAUUUCAACCUUGAUGACGAGAGCGAGAUCAACCGAACCAAACUGCUACUGAAUGCUGCUGUAGAUUUUGACAUGGAAGAGGAGGAGGAGGAGGAGGAGGAGGAAGAUGAUGAGGAGGAAGAAGAAGAAGAUGAUGAUGAAGAACAGGAUGAUAAUGAGCUUGGGUUUGUGCCUGAGGAAGACGAGGAGGAGGAUGAUUACUGAGAUUCUCAAUAUUUCACAGUGCUUUAGUGUUUGCACCACUGAAGAAGAACCACGCGUAAACGGACGUCUGUUUAUUUGUUCACCUGUUUUUCACUUUUGAAGUUUAAUUUAUUUGGAUGGAGUGAGUAACAGUUACAGUUUAAUGGUGUGUGGUGCUAACAGUACACUCUCCUCUUUGCCUGAUUUAAGGCAUGUCAUCCACAGCACACCAUGUUAGAACUCGUGUCAAAUUUUGUGAGAAAUGUCUCACUGAAAUGCAGUAAGACAGUGUUAUUAGGUGCUUAUAGCUUACUAGACAUAUUGUGCAUUUUGAGGAUUAGCAUUAAAAUGUAUGGCUGGGCCAUAUAAGAAAAUAGUGUGUAUGUGUUGUGUAAGAGAUGAUAAUUGUAAGCACAAAAUAAAAUGUUUUGCAUAGGUU